AAGUGAGAGAUAUCAUUAGAGCUUGUCCUUGUGCCACCGCUAUACGAUUCUGUGAGCUUUUGAACAUAGAUGUCCUCUCCCAGCGAAAGUAGGUCGCUGCUGCAUUUAGACGUCGGCGAAUCUACACAGUCUGCCUAUGGCACAUCCCUCGACGACAAUGACGACCCGGAGUCCAUUUCUAGGAAGGUUGUGGAGCGAAAUCUUCUACGAAAGCUAGAUUCCAGAACAGCGUAUCUUGUUCUUAUCUACAUCUUAAACCAGAUGGAUCGAAGUAACGCUGCCGCUGCGAGGCUUCGUGGUCUCGAGGAAGACCUUGGUAUGAAGGGUACACAGUUCAAUACGUUGAUCAGCAGUCUAUACAUCGGCUAUGUGUUCAUGCAAACACCAUCAAACUUCAUUCUCACUCGCAUAACAAAACCAUCAUUGUAUCUAUCCACCUGCAUGUCGCUAUGGGGUCUCCUGACCACUCUCAUUGGGAUAUCUACGAGCUACUACCAAGCACUUUCUUCACGCUUUCUGGUGGGAUUCUUAGAGGCCACCUUUUAUCCUGGUGCUGUUUAUCUGCUUUCAAGAUGGUAUAAGCGAGAAGAGCUUGGGUACAGGACCGCAUUCUUUACCGCAGGAAUUGGAAUUAGCAAUGCUUUUGGUUCGUUGCUAGCCUCUGGAAUUCUAGCAACCAUGGAGGGGCUUCUUGGUUAUGCGGCCUGGAGGUGGCUGUUUUUCAUAGAGGGCUAUUUGACGAUUUUAGUCGGCAUCGGUGGAAUGUUCAUACUUCCUGACUUUCCUUCGAGCACUGCGAGUUGGCUCACCCCUGCAGAGCAUAAUCUGGCUCAAAAGCGGAUGGAGGAGGAUUCAGAAGGCCAUGGUACCGCUGAGCCUACGUCAUCCGGCGGCUUUGCUGUUGUCCUGUCAUUAAUGACUGAUUGGAGAGCGUGGUUGGUUGGCACGGCAUUGUGUUGCUGUAAUGCAUCUCUGUCUUUUAAUAUGUUCUUCCCGACCUUGGCGGCCACAAUGGGGUACUCGCCUACUAUCAGUCUUCUGCUGUGCACACCGCCAUGGAUCAUGAGCACAAUCACCGCAGUCACUAUCGCACGUCACUCUGACGCAACGCGUGAACGCUUUGGGCAUAUGACCUUUGCGUUAUUGAUGUUGAUUACUGGAUAUGUUCUGGCUAUGUCCACGAUGAAUUUUACCGUUCGCUACAUCUCACUUUUUUUCAUGGCCCAAGCACAGGUCUCGAACGUCAUUCUGCUAACGUGGAUCAGUAAUACAUUCGCUCGUUCUAGCUCUAAGCGAGCGGUUGCGAUCGGGUUCAUGAAUUGCAUUGGAACAUCAGGGAACACCUUAUCACCAUACAUUUGGCCAUCCAGCUGGGGCCCGACAUAUACAAACUCGUACCUCAUUUGCAUCGUGCUAGCCAUCUCAUGCAUUUCAUUGUGCUGGGUGUUUAGGCGGCAUCUUGAGCGAUUGAAUGAAGCUGCUGGUGAGGAAGAGCGCGAGCUGAAUCUUGCUAAAGGUUAUAGAUACCUAUUGUAGCUUGUCGUAAAGAGUAGUGAUUGUAGAGGUCACAAUCAUUCAUAUGCAUCAUCUGUGCUGGUGUGUGACUGAUGCUAUAUGAAUUUUUAC